AUGAAUCAGCCCCCUUCUCUUCCAGUUCCCGCUUCCCCUCCGUCCAAGCGUACCAGGGUACACUUAGUAUCGGAUUCAGAGGAAGAAACCGGGUACCCUUCAGACGAUCUGGAGGAUCAGAUCCCCCCGUCGGUGUCAGAGGAGCCUAGGAAAUACCUGUUUUCCUCGGAUCAGCUGGACUCGCUCCUUACUGCAGUAAGGCAGACCAUGGCAGUGGAGGAGGAGGAGCCGAAACGUUCUAUACAGGACGAGAUGUUCGGCGGAUUAAGGGCCAGGAAAAGAAAGAUUUUCCCGGUGAAUUCUUACCUUCAAGAUCUGAUCAAAGAGGAAUGGGAAGAAGGUGACAAAAAACUCUAUAUUCCCAGAGAAUUCAAGAGCAGACUGGCCUUCAAUCCAGAGGAGACUAAACUUUGGGAUGAAAUUCCAAAAGUCGACAUCCAGGUGGCCAAGGUGGUGAAGAAGACAUCUAUUCCAUUCGAGGAUUCUUCACAAUUAAAAGAUCCCAUGGACCGGAAAAUGGAUGGACUCCUGAAGAAGGCCUGGGAAUCCUCAGCGGCCACUAUUAAUGCUAACAUUUCAGCAACCUCAGUGGCUCGAGCAAUGUGCUUAUGGCUGGAGCAACUGGAGGAGCAUCUCAAGAUAAAGACCUCCAGGGAGGAAAUUCUUGAGUCCUUACCCUUAUUAAAAUUUGCUGCAUCCUUCAUGGCGGACGCCUCAGAGCUCAGGCCCAAAUAAGCAAUGACAUCAGGCCAGUAGGGGGCAGGCUCCGCUUAUUUUGGGAAUCCUGGACUCGGAUUACCCAAAACCAGUGGAUCCUAAAGACCAUCCGAG